AUGCUUCUGAUCCAAAAUACUUACACCAGGUCCUUCAACAACCUUAUGGUGCCUCCAUUCCUUCGCCCGUCCCUCUCUCUGCAGGCCCACCACCCCAUCGACGUGGUAUACAAUGAGCUGCACCCGCAGUGGAACAAGAGCGUCGCCUACUUCCUGCGCUGGCGCCCCCGCCUCAAGUCCCUCGCGCUCACCUUCACACACGUCAAACAGAUCGACAACCUCUGCUCGCCACGUACCAAGUCAUUCCCUGCCCUCACCUCCCUCAGUCUCAAGCUGCGCGGCUGUGCCGACAAAGCCUACCUGUUUGACGAAGUCGAGAAGGAUGAUGAAGAGGACGAAGCGGAGGAGAAUUUCUGGGCGGCAGCUGCAGCAGAGGGAACAAAAGGAGGAGGAGAAGGGGGGGGGGGGGGGGGGGGGGGCUAUGCACGGCCUCCCCGGGCGCCAAAGCAGGCGGCAGAGGGGGCGACGCCUGCCCCCCCCUUCGAGGUCGCGGCCCCCGAAGGAGCCGCGAUAGGGAAGAAGGCAUACGUGAUUGCGAUCAAGAGGCGGAUCACGCCUGAGAAGCUCGCGAAUUUCCCUGAUGCUGGUGAGUGUGACGUGCUGGUGCUGGUGGCGUGUGCGGAGGGGGUAAUCCUGGAUGACAUGGGGCAGGGCAGCAGCGGGAGUGGCAGUGGUAGCAGUGGCAGCAGCGGUGGCGGGAGCAGGGCGUUUUAUGCGCCGGUGGUGACGCCGUUUGAGGCGCUGAUGGCGCUGGAAGAGGGGCGGGAGUGGACGGGGGAGUAUCGGAUGCUGCUGGAUGGUGCUGGGGUGGUAGCAGGAGGAAGUGGAGCAGGGGUGAGGAAGGGAGAGGGAGGUUCAGGGGAUGAGAAUGGGGAAGGAGAUGGGGAAGGUGGGGAGGAUGUGGCUCCUUGGUUCUUCUUUGUAUAA